UCCAGAGCUGCCGAUGCUUAAAGAUGUUCACAAGGCACCGGGCAUCUGACGUCCGGAGGCCCAGUCGCUAUGGUAACGGCGAAACACAAGUGCACUUGCGCGGUCUUCUGACGGAAAAUCUUAGCCUGAACGUAGAGAACAGCGGAGCGACGGCAGCAACUUGCGGCAGCAGCGUGACUUACGGCCGCACCGCCCCCUCGGAGAGCGCCGUGGUGGGUGGGGAAUACGGAGGCCGGCGCGGGCUCCCGGGUUCAGUGGGCAGGCCGCCCAGCGGCAUGACCCAGUCGGUGGUGGUACAGGUCGGCCAGUGCGGAAACCAGAUCGGCUGCUGCUUCUGGGACCUGGCGCUGAGGGAGCACGCCGCCGUCAACCAGAAAGGAAUUUAUGAUGAGGCAAUAAGCAGCUUCUUUAGAAAUGUGGAUACCAGGGCUGUGGGUCACAAAGUGUUUGGCAGUCUUUAUCAGGAACAGAUUUUAGAGAAACUCAGAAAGUCAGCAGAACAUUGUGACUGUUUGCAGUGUUUUUUUAUAAUACAUUCCAUGGGAGGAGGAACAGGAUCUGGACUUGGCACAUUUCUUUUAAAGGUGCUUGAGGAUGAGUUCCCAGAAGUAUACAGAUUCGUGACUUCAAUUUAUCCUUCUGGUGAGGAUGAUGUCAUCACCUCGCCUUAUAAUAGCAUCUUGGCAAUGAAGGAACUCAAUGAGCAUGCCGACUGUGUGUUGCCCAUUGACAACCAAUCUUUAUUUGACAUCAUUAGCAAAAUUGAACUCAUGAUGAAUUCUGGAAAAUUGGGUACAGUUAUAAAGCCAAAGAGUCUGGUUACUUCAAGUGCUGGGACUUCUAAAAAGAGACAGGAGAAGCCCUUUGAUAAAAUGAACAACAUUGUGGGGAAUUUGCUGCUCAACCUAACAAGCUCUGCAAGAUUUGAAGGCUCCCUUAAUAUGGACCUUAAUGAAAUCAGUAUGAAUUUAGUUCCUUUUCCUCAACUACAUUAUCUUGUGUCAAGCCUAACACCUCUGUAUACACUGGCAGAUGUUAACAUUCCUCCUCGAAGAUUGGAUCAGAUGUUUUCAGAUGCCUUUAGUAAAGAUCAUCAGCUAAUUCGGGCUGAUCCCAAACACAGUCUCUACCUCGCCUGUGCCCUCAUGGUUAGAGGAAAUGUACAAAUUUCCGAUCUUCGCAGAAAUAUUGAAAGAUUAAAGCCUUCUCUACAGUUUGUGUCCUGGAAUCAAGAAGGCUGGAAGACCAGCCUGUGCUCGGUACCUCCUGUGGGCCAUACCCAUUCAUUAUUAGCUUUAGCAAACAACACAUGCGUGAAGCCUACCUUCAUAGAACUGAGAGAGAGAUUCAUGAGGCUCUACAAGAAAAAGGCUCAUCUUCAUCACUAUCUGCAAAUUGAAGGGAUGGAGGAAGGCUGUUUCACAGAAGCUGUGUCAUCUUUAUCAGCACUCAUACAGGAAUAUAACCAACUGGAUGCCACAAAAAGCCUGCCCGUGGAAGAUAUACCUAGGCUGAGCGUAGCUGUGUAAGAAACCCUCAGGAUGCAACUUCUACUCUUUCUUAAUUUCACAUUGUUUUUUUGUCCCCUUACCUUUCUGUUUCAGAAUUUUUGUGAUUCAGAAAGCCUGUGUGUUUGUCAUAUUAAGAAGUAUUCUUGUCUGAAAGAAUGUUUUUCUGUUGAUGAUACCACUGUGUGAAAUUAGCAAAGUCCUAGUGCCUUAACUUCAGACAUUUGUCUUCCAAAAAGUCCCCUUUUCUAAAAUUGAAAGAAUGGAGUUCUUCGACAUUUUACUUUAUUUAUAGUCUCAUACUUAGGCAUUUAUACAAAGAUAAUCAUGUCUUCAAUAAAAAUCUUGUACAUAAAUAUUUUUAUAUUUAUAAUUUAUGUUUUCAUAUUCUGCUUAAAUUCUGAUUUUUUAAAAGUAAAUACAGGGAGUAAAAGAAUACAAUAUAAAUAUUUUUGUGUAAUAUAUCCACUGACUUCUCAGGAAUAGAUUUUAUUAACAGCUCUCAAGGAGGUUUUGUUUCUUCUUUGGGUAACCACCUGUUUACACUCUAACAUAUUUGUAUUAAAUUAUUUUUAAAUAUAAUGCUUUUUUAUCAAAGCAGUUGAUUUUGUAAUAAUAAAUGUCCAUAUUUUUAAACUGUGCUACUUGUUACCAGUUUUGCUUGUCACUAUUUAUAUAAACAAACAGAACAUUACUAAACUUGAUAUUUUCUUCCAAACUUUGCAUUAAAUGACUAUAAUAGUCUAGUGACAGUAUUCUGAUUACUCUAAAUCUCCAGUUUUAAUCUUCAACAUUAAUUUACUUUAAUCAUAAUUUAUAUUUAAAAUUCAUAGGUGAAUUUAUCACUUAGGGAAGUAAUUUUUAGAAGCCAAAUUUUCAAACCAAAAAAAUCUGCUUUCUUUAAUGUUAUUUUUAUUUUUAUUUAUUUUUUUGCCUUUUCAAAGUAAGGAUACUGCUCUUGGUCU